AUGCGUGGCAUUCGUGGAUGGACUCUAGCUGCCACUCUCGCAGCGCUCAGCGUGUAUGCAUCGGAGACAGAAAAGUCGGAUGUGGUGUCGUUGACCAAGUCGUCGUUCCAUGACUUUGUCAACCAUGCGGAUCUUUCGUUGGUCGAGUUCUUUGCCCCAUGGUGUGGCCACUGCCAAGCGCUUGCGCCCCAUUAUGAGGAGGCCGCGACGGAUCUGCUGAAGCAGGACAUUAAGCUGGCCAAGGUUGACUGCACAGUGGAGGAGUCGCUUUGCUCGGAUAACGAGGUGACUGGAUUCCCUACCCUCAAAGUCUUCCGUCAAGGCAAGGCUUCGCCGUACACCGGUCCGCGUAAGACGGAAGGUAUUGUGAGCUACAUGCUCAAGCAGCAGAUGCCUGCUGUCUCGGAUGUCACGGCAGACUCGCUGGAGGACUUUAAGGCGAAGGACAAGUUGGUCAUUGUGGGCUACAUUGACGCCAGCGAUGCCAAGUCCCAGGAGGAGCUCAAGGCGUUUGCGGAGGACAACCGCGACACGUUUAUGGUCGGUAUGUCGAGCUCGAAGGAGCUUGCAGCUGAGCAGGGUGUCAAGGUGCCUUCGAUCGUGGUGUACCGCACCUUUGACGAGCCGAAGGCCGUGCAGACACCCAAGGGCAAGACGCUGACCAAGGAGGAGAUCCAGUCGUUUAUCAACGUCGAGUCGUUGCCGCUCAUUGAUGAAGUGAAUGCGGAAAACUUUAUGAAGUACGCGAUGACUGGUACGCCGCUGGCAUACUACUUUGUCGACCCUGAGUCGCCGAAGCGUGAGGAGGAAGUGAAGAAGCUGGCCGAGGUCGCACGUGAGUUCCGUGGCAAGGUGAACCUGGUCUGGAUUGACUCUGUGAAGUUUGUGCAGCAUGCCAAGGCGCUCAACCUGCCGGGUGACUCGUGGCCUGCGUUUGCCAUCCAGAACAUGGAGACGGGUGCCAAGUACCCGCUGACGAACCUCGGCAAGGACGUGGCUGGCUCUGUGCGCACGUUCCUGACCAAGUUUGUGGCUGGUAAGGUGCAGCCGAGCAUCAAGAGUGCGCCUGUGCCGUCGCAGUCUUCGUCGCUGAUUGAGGUGGUCUCGGACGAGUUUGACAAGUGGGUGCUUGAUGACAGCCGCGAUGUGCUGUUGGAGCUGUUUGCGCCGUGGUGUGGUCACUGCAAGCGUCUGGCGCCGACGUACGAGAAGCUUGCGGAGCUGUACAACAGUGAUGCGGACGCCUCCAAGCUGGUGCGCAUCGCGAAGAUGGACGGUACCGAGAACGAUAUUCCGCCGCAUGCCGACAUUACGCUGACCGGCUUCCCGACGUUGGUGCUCAAGCCUGCCGGCAAGGGUGUGAAGGAGUUUAUCGUGUACGAAGGUGAUCGUACGCUCGAGUCGCUGAUUGACUUUAUCGCGUCGAAGGGCAAGCACAAGGCAAGUGUUACUGUGGCGCCGCCCAGCAAUGAUGAGACGUCGUCGCCGCAUGACGAAUUGUAA